ACCAAUAUGAUGAUCCUAGAAUUCACAUUCUUAAUUUGGUUACUAAUUACACUAUUAGUGAUCAUAUUUUUAUUUCAUUUCUUGUAUCACACGUCACUUUUUCGUAUCAUUACUAGGUUUUCAACUCUUCUUGUAAACCAAUUUCAUAUCUAUAAUUCAUACAAAAUCCCUCAAUACAAUGAUCAUUCUCAAGAAAAUCCCUUGUUUCGAAAAAUCUUUACUUACAUAAAAUCAUUGCCUUCUUUGGAAGAUUCCGAUUUGGCGGUUCUUUUUUCAGGAGAUGAACCGGGUGAUAUUCUUGUGUCCUUAGACUCUAAUGGGUGUGUUUCGGAUACGUUUUUACAUGCAGAAGUUACCUGGAUGUACAAUAAAUGCGAUAAUAUAGAUCGUGGAGGUGAGGUUGUGUUGAAGAUUAAGGCUAAAGAUAAGAAGAGGGUUUUGGUUCCUUACAUUCAACAUAUUUACAAGGUGGUUGAUGAGAUUGAGCAAAAGAAAAAGGAAUUAAGGGUUUAUCUUAACCGUUUUUCGGGCGAAAAUGGGGUUAAUAAUAUUAAUCCAUUGUGGAGAUCGUUUCCUUUUGUUAAUCCAUCAUCAUUUGAUAACAUAGUGUUGGAUAAUGAAGUUAAGAGUAAGGUUAAGAAUGAUCUUGAGUUGUUUUUGAAGUCUAAACAUUAUUACAACAAAAUUGGACGUGUUUGGAAACGGAGCUAUUUGUUAUAUGGCGGGUCGGGUACGGGUAAGUCUACCUUUGUAGCCGCGAUGGCUAAGUUCUUGUCGUAUGAUCUUUAUGAUAUUGAUUUGUCGAAGCCGUUUGACGGGUCGGGUUUGAAGAUGCUCUUGUUACAAACAACAAGAAAGUCAUUGAUUUUGAUUGAGAAUUUGGAUUGGUAUUUGAUGGGGAAUUCAAAUGGGGUGAGUUUAUCCACGAUCUUGAAUUUUAUGGAUGGUGUUGUGUCAAGUUGUGGUGAGGAAAGGGUAAUGGUUUUUACCAUGAAUUGUAAAAACCAUAUUGACCCUUUGGUUAUAAGGCCGGGUCGGGUUGAUGUCCAUAUUCACUUCCCAUUUUGUGACUUUAAUGGGUUUAAGGGAUUGGCUUUGAGUCAUUUGGGUUGUAAAGAACACAAGUUGUUUAGUCAAGUGGAGGACUUGAUUCAACAAAACGGGCCACGGUUAAGCCCGGCCGAGAUUAGUGAGAUUAUGAUAUCACAUAGGAGUUCUCCUAGUAGGGCUAUAAAAACUAUAAUUAAGGCUUUGCAAAGUGAUGAUGGUAAACCUCCACGAUACCCGAGUGGUCAGGCGGUAGGGGUCCUGAGGGCGAGGGUUUCGCCUUUUGAAAGUGAAGAUGGUAAACCAAUUAAUUGUGUUGAACAACAACUAAAUGUAAGUGGUAAAGAUCAAGUUUUAGAAGAAUUAGAUGGGGAAUCUAAAGGAAAACGAGAUGGUUAUUAUGCUAUAAGGGAAAUUCAGAAAAUGUAUGGAAGAUUAAGAUUGAAAAAUGGUAGUAGGGGUGAAUCUUUUGAUUUGAGUUAAAAUUGAGUGUACAUUUUCUUAAGUAGAAGCAAUAUUGCAGGUAGAUCAAGGUAGUUUGUAUUUUUUAAUUUUGAAAGUAGUAAUAUUUGUUUAUUUUUUUGUUGAAGGAUAUUUGUUACAAAGGUGACGAUAAAUAUUAGAUGGUAUAUCACUA